AACUAAAGCGUCUGGAGAAAAGAAUUGAACCGAUUUAAAUACGGCUUACAUGCUUCUUGUGGUGGUGUCGAUGUUAAAACUAGAAACAGAUUUUCUUUUAGAAGACUUCAGAAUACAAAUGUUACACCUUGAGGAUUCAUCAAUUUUAACAAAAGGCUGGUAUCUUGAAACAAUUGCAGCGAUUUCUGAUUGGCCACAGUUGUUUCACUAUGCCAAUCUUUCAUUUGGAACAGGCAAAAAUUGUGCAGUUUAUGUCAGGCUUAAAGUCUUUUCCAAGAACUUUCUUCACAGUUAUUUUCAUGUCAAACAGGUGUUCUGAAUUACAUAUUAGAAACACUGCCCCCUAUAUGCAGCUGUGUCUCUCUCCUUUUGGACCUGGAGCCCAUGUGAUACGAAUUUUACAGGCAACGACAACAGUAUCUGUCUGUAAACUUUUCAGAGCUAAAUUUAGCGCCGGGUCAAACAGAACAAGGUUGUUUAGCUGCUGUAUACAAAGUAUAUAACAUACAAAGACUUCAUAAGUCAUAGAGACGAUGAAAUGUUGAGCAAACAAUAACAGGAGCAAGGGAUGAAUGGACCAGAACGAAGAUACAAAAACAAAAGUCGUCUUAGGGAAGGUAGGAAAGAUCACCGUCCUGGCUUCCUGUUGACCUGCACAAGGUCAGCCAGCAGACCUGGUACUCGAAUGUUAUAGGCCAAAGGUAUAAAAAACACCAAAAUCCCUGAACUUGUAUUAGUGCGUGCACUUAUUUAUAUAUCUUCAAACGUCCUCCUUCUUUGGGGCAUGACAGGUGGCCCCCCAACUCCACCUGUCCAUCCUUUUCCACAGCCACAUGGUGGCGGACAAAUCCAGAAAGGGAUCAGUCAUUCAAGAAAUGGCAUGCUGAAGUGCCACGGGGCCACGGAAGAUCUCUGGAUACCGGAUCAGACGCAGCUGCCCCCCGGCUGCUAUUUUCACUCAGCUUAAAGUACCAUGGGCAGCCAGCAUCUACGCCAUGGACUACCCACAACUACCAGUCUGUCUCUGCACGCCAUGAAGUCCACCGCAGGGGAGCACGAGCAUCUUCCACACGAUACCCAGAGCUUGCCCUCCGACCCUGAUGAGCUCGACAGUGGCAGCGAAAGCUCUGAGAAAUCCACCGGAGCAGGGAGCCCCACGCGGGGCCACAGGGAGGCGGGGAGACGCAGAGGGGGUCGUAGACUCGCAGGGGUGAGCAAACAACGCCAGGCAGCUAAUGCUCGGGAGCGAGACCGCACACAUAGUGUCAACACUGCCUUCACGGCUCUGCGUACCCUCAUCCCUACGGAGCCGGCCGACAGGAAGUUGUCAAAAAUCGAGACCCUGCGAUUGGCAUCAAGCUACAUUUCACACUUGGCCAACGUGCUUCUGCUAGGGGAGGACUGCAUGGACGGGCAACCGUGUCUGAAAUAUCACAACAUCUUACAAGGCAACACCAACCUCAAAACUCCACCGGUUCGACCCAUAUGCACCUUCUGCUUGAGUAACCAGAGGAAAUUGCUUAGAGAUGGGGAAAAGCACACAACUGCGUGACGGCAGAAGUUCUCCCGAAUGACCACUGCUACGUAGGGGCUCUCAACUUCUGAAUGUUUACAUGUAAAGAGACUUCGCCUUGCACAGAGACAAAACAUUUUAUCUAACUUUUUUUUGUUUUUGUUUUAAUCUCUUGAGGACAGACAAAACGAGCAACAAGAAGAGAAACAAAUCUGCACUUUUUCUGCAUGCGUGUUCACUUUAUCACUGUUUUGGUUAAUGUAACCGGAUAAUAUGUGUAAAGUUGCACCUGGUGGGAGGCUAUUUCAGUAUCAGAUAUAGUAAGCUACACCAUCCCUCGCCUUAAAAAACAGUCUUGUGUCUGCCUCUUGCACGUCACAUGAUGGUAAUUGAAACCUUGCGGUUUGCAGUGGUCGCUGUCAGUACUACGGUGGGUAAAAAUCUCAUCCCCUCCCUCUUGUCUCCACAUCUACGACGGGACCACGAUCCCAACAUGGCUCUCGGGAGACUGUAAACAAGAUUCUAACCUCAGCAUGAUAAUUUGGGUUAGGCAAAGCAUGCUUAAUAUUUAUUAGAAAGUUCAAGUAGCACAUGACUGAAUUUUAUAGGUGGAAAUAUUUUGUAGUGAGAACAUCUUAUGUCUUGGGAACUGUUGUUGGUCAAGGUACAUGAUCCUUAACACGAGCCAUGGGUUAUGACCCUGACCCCAAAAGUUUUAUAGCGUUGCGGUCACAUUCAGAGAACACACAGAGGUAACAAUGUUGCAUAGAAUGUAGAUUAGUAGUGCAGACCCUUGCAGAGGGUACGUUCUGAAAAGGGUACGUUGGGGUCACCCUGUAACAACAAACGGCAUGCUUGCGCUUCUGAAUCAUGAAACACCAGAUUCUUGUGUGAAAGAAGGCCAUUUAAACAAGUUCAGCUCACGCUCACCAACAUCAAAAUAGAAGCUUGUUGCAUUGCAUGCAUUUUAAGACGUUACUGUUGUUAAUGUUAGAGUGCGAUUAUGCAAUCAAUAACUCUACUAUACAUGAUUGCACAAAGCUGUAUUUAUUCAUAUGUCAACAUGGCUUUUUGUCCACUGAUAUGCACCAAAUGAAACCAAGAACAUGAGACAUUUGUGUUUUAAAGGAGUAGAUGGAAGUUUCACUAGCUGUUGCUAAUUGCUCGAUUUAAACAUGUCAGUUCGAUUUCAGAAAGUUUGACAGGUCUUGCUCAGAUUGGUGCAUUUCAUGUUGACUAAGGUCUAGGGUAAAGGUUAUAGAGCAUGUGCUAAUCUCAAGCGCACCACUAAAACAGCAUCUGCUGAACCUUGUUUUAUUGUUUACAUUAACGUAGCAAGUAGGAAUAACAAAUUUGAGCCUAACAUGUACCGUGAUUACAAUUUUCAGAUACUACACCUGCAGGGUGAAUGUUUAAAAGGUAGAACUAUUUUUGUAUUUAACAUCAAGAUGUACCAUUUUUUUUUGUAUCCAAAAUGUUUACCUGCAUCUCUUGCACAAAUAACUUCAGCUUACAGGUUUGUCUGAAUCUGCAGAUGGUGUAGAAUGACUCUUCCUUUUUUUUUUUUUCUUCAAUACAGAUGUAAAAAAAGGUGCAAUGGAAGUACCACAAUGUACUGGAAAUACUGUAAUAUGGCAAGGCUUUUGUAAAUCUUUUGUAAAUAUUUGCACUUUAACAUUAAAAUUUAAGGUCAAAACACAUAGUAACAUGGCCUACCUUUAAAACAAGCCUGUCGUUUUCUAAUACUUGAAUUAUCCGCUCUUUCGAAAAGUGGUCUUUUGCACAAUGCCAAACAACAAGCUGCUAUGUAAGCAAGUAUUUUUGUACAAGAAAAAAAAUGUCUGCACUCAUGACUUUCAAACCAUUAAAUUAUUUUUGAAAAAUGUUCUGAAAGUAUUUAAUCUCUGGUUUUGAGGUGCCCCCUAGUGGAAGUCACAUUCCAUGCGAUUUUAAAAUGGUGGACAAGUCUGAAUUUGCAAUAAUCAGAAAAAUAGCACGUCUGAGAAAAUAAAGCACACAAAGCAUAUACUUCUAGGUCUUUAUUUCUUAAAAAAAGUCAAUUAGUUAUUCAGAUUAAAGAAAUCUGUGACAAAUAAGAUGGGAGAUACAUCAUAGAAGAGGUUGGGAGUCAUUUAAGGGUCUUUACAGGGUGAUCAGCAAUUUGUUUUCAGCGCUGUACAGUUUCAUAGGCAGGGAACAGAACGCUGAUGAUGUCAUGGGAGAAGGACUUAACCCUUUGGCAAUAACAUCACGAUGAGACAUGGUGACCGUUUCCCCCCCUUUGUGGACACUGAUCAUGACAGGGCAUGAAGGCAUCAAUACCAUAGAAAAGGGCGUCUUAAAAGCAAAAAAGGCAGCCUGAUCUAAAUCAAUGGAAUGUCAAUUCAUAAAGGAAUCAUUAUAACAAUAAUUUAAGAUGUCCAAACUGUGUCAACACUUAAAAGUUCCUUGAGUGAGUAAAUCAUUACAAAGGUUGACCACAACUUUUGUGCUAUUUUAAAGUGUAAACCUUAAUAUUAGAAAAAUCUGUUAAAAUUAACCAUUUGUUAUAAAGCCCUUAAAUGACAUCUAAAUGUUAUGGUUUUGAGAAAAAAAAAAAAGAGGUAGAAUCAAAAAAAAAAAAAAAAAAAAAAAAAAAAAAGAAAAAAAAAAAAAAAAAAAAACCC